UGUCCGAUACAUACACAGACAAAAAAUUUCGUUCCACGAAGGUUCCACUCAAUUUCAAACUGGUUUAAUUUUUUCAAUAAAAUGUAAAUAAAAGUUUACGUCACAUUGCGGACCAUACUCUUAUAUAAGAUUCUUUUCACUUGAGGUUUAUUGUAGAUCAAAAAGACAUCUCGAAAAAGAAACUUGUAUACUUAUUACAAAAUGAAUCGUUGGUGUAUAUCGGUAGCAUGUAUGGUAUUGGUAAUUGUAGCGGUGGUGCAUUGUGCUCCAAAGAGUUAUGAAGAGAAUUUGAAAACAAUCAAGAGAAUUGAUAUUGAUCAAGUGCUGGGCAAUGAAAGAAUUAUUAGAAACUACGUCGAUUGUAUCUUAGGAAAGAAACGUUGUACCAGUGAAGGGAAUGCUCUAAAAGAAAGCUGGAAAGAUGGUUUAGACAAAGGAUGUGAAGAUUGCGACGAAGAAGACAAGAGAAAGGUUAGGAAGAUCUUGAAACACAUGUACACAAAACACCGUGAUUUAUACGAUGAAUUAGCUGCCCAUCUGGACAAAGAUGGCAAAUACAGGGACAAAUACCAAGCUCAAAUUGAUGACAUUCUCAAGGAUCCCACGCUAUGAAGAGAAUGAGUAUUUUCAGAAAUAAAUCAAAUUAAUAAUCAAACUAUGUCAUAAAAAUUUUCUAUAAAUCCAAUAUUUGUUAUUGAUAUAUUUCGUAGAAAUUCAAAUUAAACUAGAUAACAGAAAUAUUUAAUUCAAGUUUUUCUAUUAAAAGUUGUUAUUUUCAAAUCAUUUGAAUAAAUCUAUUAUUAAAA